UCAAGUCAAUUCGUCAAACGGAGGGGGGAGGGGUGAAAGGCUCAUUCGCCUCCGAAUUCCUGGAGCGCUAUUUUUGGCUCUGUCAAGUACCUGCGGUCUAAUGACUCCCCGGUGCAGGGUAUAAAUUGCAGGGAAUUCAACGGGACUUUCAUUCAGCUACCAGUCUUGAGACCUGGAAUCUGAGACAUUCAAACCCAUCUUGGGUGAGGACUCUGUUAGACAGAGCAGGAGUUGUUGAUUCUGCCAGUGCAAGUUGGUAGAUGAUUUGAGCGGAUCAACAAAGGAGCCAGUGAGCUCGGGAAUUUCCGGGAUCGGACGGAAAAACACGAAUUGGACUUGGGCCAGGUAGUGACAAUCCACCCUCCAGCACAGGCAGGGAGAGAGCGCAGGCUCUUCACAGCUGCCAGUCGCUGCUCACGGUCUUCCGCAGCUCCAGCUUCCCCCACGUCCAGAGCCAGAGCGGCAAGCAGUCCUCCCCAGUCCCAAGAUGAGAACUCUCCGGCUGCUGGCUGUGACUGUCAGCCUCCUGGUUUUGACAGAUGUCUUUUGUGAAGAGGUUUCCCGGAAUGAAGGCGUGUCUCUAUGGGACUAUAGCGACCACGGCCAGGACAAACGACUGCAGCCGGAUUCGUUUCGGGAGCUUCUGAAGCGUGUGGCCAGGAAACCACAAUCCAAGCAGUUCUUUGGCUUAAUGGGCAGGCGGUCAUACGAAUACAAGCCACUGAUUCGCAAAAGACAUAAGUUAGGGAAUUUUGUUGGACUUAUGGGAAAACGCUCUUCAGCUGCUGAUUCCUCUUCUGAGUGGAAAACAGCACAAGACCUUGUCCAAAGACGUUAAUAACAAUAAUAAAGAAUUAUAUUGAAUGCUAUUUAUUUUAAUUUGCUAGCACAAGUGUCUAUAAUAUUAUAUACCCACUUGUAUCAGUUGGUUGUUGAAAAAAUAGUUGUUAUGACUUUCCCCAAUAGAAGUUAUUCUAUUUUAUUGCUAUUUUAGCAAAAUAUAAAGUGUAGUGAACAUUGAGGCAGUGCCACAUAUUAUUCAAAAACAUAAUAAACAGAUUUUGAUAACACUCGACUGUGUCAGUUGUAAUUGGAAAUAAUGUUCUCAAUUGAUGUACUGCUAUUUUGUAUGCUCUGUAAUAAAAUAUCUAUUAUUCACUAUUUGAUUUUCAUUAGUUAUGAACAGAGAAAGUCACAGGUAAUAUGAAGUGAAUGAUACAAAAACAAAAACUGUUUUAUGUUUCAGCACAUAUCGUUACAAUUUGUAUUUUAAUGUGCCUCAUUGUUUCAUAAAUAAUAAAUGUAUUAUAAUAAUUGCAACAAAAUGUAUGGUUAU